UAUUAUUUGAUUUAUGUGGACUUGCAGCUGCCCUUGCUUUGACCCUAGGAAGGGCUGUGUGGGAAGUUUGUGUCUCAGAUAGGCUGAAGCGUUGGUCUGCAGAGUGUCUGGAGCCUAAGUGUAUGCAAAGAAACUGAUAAAUAGGGAAAAGGCCCAGUUUGCUCCAGCUGGAAAUCAGAAAGUUGAAGUAACUGCUGCAUCCUCACAGACCCACUCUAGGAAGAGAGGGCAUUCUCUCCAGAACUACUGUAUAUGGUUCCUCCUGAGCUGAGUUGAAGCAUACUGGUUGGGGACAGUGCUGGCCAGAAGUUUGCACUGCCACUGCCCAUCUUGUACUUGCUCUGGGGAUAUGCAUAGAACUUCUGAGUCCAAGGCUGUCAGACUGAUUUUCUUCUUAAAAGCCCAUCAUACACCGAAGUGAAUGAAACAGUGGGAGCUGGAGCAGAGUAUGGCAAAUACCUUUGUAACUGUAUCUGAUGGGUACUGUCUUGCUGAACCCAUUCAAUAUUAUGAUGUUUUGCCAGAGCACAUCAAUUAUCAGCUGCAAGACUCAGACUUUCAGGCUACUCCUUACUGCCAGUAUUCAACUGUUCAGUUUCCUCCAGUGUUACAGUCACAACCUUCCCAGUCACAAUACAACACAUACAGCCUGGAUUCUCAGUACAAUGAUGGGCAGUACAUAAUCAGUAAUUGUGAAUUAAACAAGCCCCCCUGCAUGGUUGCCCAUAAUGAUGAUGAUGUAUAUCAUGGACUAAAAAGGCCAAGACUAAGUCAUUCCUCCUUGCGAAUGAAGGGUCAGGAAGAGCUCUGUGUUGUAUGUGGGGACAAAGCCUCAGGAUACCACUACAAUGCGCUCACUUGUGAAGGCUGUAAAGGAUUCUUUCGACGUAGUAUUACCAAAAAUGCAAUAUAUAGAUGCAAGAAUGGUGGCCACUGUGAAAUGGACAUGUACAUGCGGAGGAAGUGUCAGGAGUGUCGCCUGAAGAAGUGUAAGGCUGUGGGAAUGUUGGCAGAGUGUUUGCUGACUGAAGUCCAGUGUAAAUCAAAACGACUCCGAAAGAAUUUCAAGCAGAAGAGCAGUUUUCUUUGUAGCAUCAAGGUGGAAGAUGAGGGAGUAAACAGCAAGCAUGUUUCAUCCACAACUAGGCCUGGAAAAAUCCAAGAGAGGAUGGAACUAACUCCAGUGGAACAUCAACUUAUUGAUCACAUUGUGGCAGCCCAUCAAAAAUAUACAAUUCCCCUAGAGGAAGCAAAGAAGUUUCUGCAGGAAACCGCAAACCCUGAAGAGAGUUUUCUGCGGCUCUCAGAGACAGCUGUUGUUCAUGUGCAAGUACUUGUGGAUUUCACAAAGAGACUCCCAGGUAACUUUAUAAAAUAAUUUAACAAACUCUUCACCACAAGCAGUAUAAUUUAGCCUUACUCUAAGAGAAGGACAUUUAUUUAUGUGGCAUGCAUACUCUGAGAAAAGAUAUACAGUUCAGAAAAACUAUUCAAUUGAUUCAUUAUUAAUUUUAUUUGCAAAUGUUAAUAAUUAGGGACACUCUGGUUAUCUUCCCUAGACCUGAGGAAGACCUCUGUGAAGCUCAAAAGCUUGUUCCUUCCACCAACAGAAGUUAGUCCACUAAAAGAUAUUACCUCACCCACAUUGUCUCUCUCAUAUCCUGGGACCAACACAGCUACAACAACACUGCAAAUGACAAUUAGGAAGGCCAUUAAUUCACUAGCAUUUGAAAAACAAAGAAGCAGUUCCUUGUUCUUUCUUUCAAGAAGCCAACUCAACAUGUAUGACACACAUUUCACUUCAAUAACAGUACAAUUCACCACCUUUUUUUCCAAAUCCAAAAAUCAGACAAUAUACAGUAUGCAAUAACUGAGCCAUAUUUUCUCAAAAAUAUACAAUUAGAAAUGCUGUCUCAAGUGAAUUAUUGUUCAUCUUAUUGUCUGAACUCUGUUUCACUUUGUCACAGCAAAAAGUGAAGUUACUUUAUGUAUCAAAAAUAAAAGAGGUAUACUCUAAUAAAAUAAUGAAUGGUGUAGAGAAGACAAAUCAGGCACUCCCAUUCAUCCUCUCUUAUAAUACAAAAACAAGGAAACGUUUGAUUUAGUUGAAAGGUGAUACAUUUAAAACCGAUAAAAGGACAUACUUUUUUUACACAGUUACAAUUAAUUUGUAGAACUCAUUGUCAAAAGAUAUUGGGUUUGUCUACAGCAGGAAUUUUCACACUAAGUAUCUAACACCGGUACAGCUUCACUGGUGGUAGCACUAGUGGAAAAACAGGAAUGUUUACCACCCCGUUAAGCAAACCUGCGCUGAUCAGGAUUAAGAAAUCCUUGCAAUUUAACUGAAUGUCGCCUUGCUCUUGUAGGAGACCAAGAGGUGAGUACAUGUCUGUGGCUAAACAGAACAUCCACAGUUACACCAGACAAGAUAACAAAUGUAUAGGAUAUAAGCCCUCUGGCUGCAGGGCAGGUUAUUCCAAAAUUGUCUACUGGUUUCUUGUACCUUCCUCUGAAAUUUCUAGUAUUGGCCACUGUCAUUGACAGAAUGGUGGACUAGAUGGAUCACUGGUCUGAUCCAUGAUGUCAAUUCCUAUGUACAUGUAAAGUAUCUAGAAAGAC